AUGGAAACGAAACCCGCUCCGCUGAGCCCCGGAGAGAAUCGCCACCCGCCCGAGGGGCUCACGGCCCCGCCCGGCCGCCGGGACCCCCAAAACCCCGACCCCCGCCGGGCCGUCCUGUGCCAACUCCCGGCCGGGCAGCGCCGGCUCUGCCCCGACACCGGCGGCGCCGCGGGCAGCGGCGGCUCUCCCGGGAAUCGGCCCCGCACCGGCGAUGCUGGGGCGAGCAGCCCCCGGGGCCACGAGCCCCGCAAGUGCCGGGGUCCCCCCCGCCGCCUUUGUGCUCCCCGAGCGGCCGGGGCGGGGGGUCCGGGGGGCUCGGCGGGGCCGCUCCGGCCUCGCACCGGCGGGACCGCGCGGGAUAACGGCGGCCCGGCCCGGCCCGAGACCGCGGUGCCCUCCCGGCGCUCCCUCCCCGCCGCCGCCAGGGAAGUUCCCGGUGGCCCCGCGCCCCCCCCACCCCAAACCCCGGGGCGGCGGCGGCGGCACCUGCUCCCGGCCCGGCGGAGUUCCCGGGGGCGGAGGGACGACGCGACGCCGCGUGGGGACUCACCGGGAAGCUGCCGCAGGCCCCGGGGGGAGAAAUCCAGCGGCGGGAGCGCCGCGAGUCCCGGGCUCCGCGCCGCUGCUGCGUCAGCGCCGCCGCCUCCUCGGCUGCGGGAUGGGGACGAGGCGCCGCCGCCGCCCGCCCCUGGCCGCGGGGCGUCGCGGAGCGGGCGGGUGGAGGCCGGAGCGGGCGGCGGAGGGGCCGGGAGGGGCAGAGGAGGGGGCGGAGGAGGGGGCGGAGAAGGGACCGGGGGCGCCGCCGCCGCCGCCGCCGCGAACUCCCCGCAAGCCGCGAGCGCCUCCGGCCUCCUUCCUGCUUCCUCGUCCGCAGCCAAUCGCCGCGCGCCGCCCGCCGCUCGUCCCGCCAAGCCGCCCAAUCAGCGCCGCCGCCCCGCGCCGCCACCGCCCAAUCAGCGCCGCGCCCGCCCCCGCCCCGCGCCCCCUGGGCCGCCCCCCCCCCCCCCCCUCCCUCACGGAGCCCCUCAGCCCGCGCCCCCCGCCCGGGGCUCGGGAUCACCGGGAUAA